AUGGCUAUCAAUUCAAAUCCUAGCUCUCGUGAUGAAGAGCAAGCCAUCAAAGGUUACACUCAUCAACAUCACGAAAUUCUGUUUGACGAGCCCACCUCAAUUUGCGAGUAUGCAGCUACCAGAAUCACUUCACUUAAGCCUCCUAUGGAGAGACUUGUCAAUCCAUUCAAGCUCCUGGCCAUGCUCAACGCGCAACAAUGGGCCUUUUUCGCGGUCUCCUUUGCUGGAUGGUCAUGGGAAUCUUUUGAUUUCUUCACUGUAUCGCUUACAGUCUCCGAUCUGGCCGAGACUUUCAGCAAAACCACCACUGACAUUACCUGGGGUAUCACCCUGGUACUCAUGCUACGAUCUGUUGGUUCAAUCCUAUUUGGCAUUUUGGCAGACCGCUAUGGAAGAAAAUGGCUAUUCAUCAUCGCCAAUAUCCUUUUCAUUGUUCUAGAACUUGGUACCGGCUUUGCUCAAACAUAUCCUCAAUUUCUUGCUAUUCGCGCUCUGUAUGGGAUUGCAAUGGGAGGGCUGUAUGGAAAUGCAGCCGUCACAGCUCUAGAAGAUUGUCCCGAUGAGGCUCGUGGGCUUAUAUCAGGCUUAAUGCAGCAAGGCUAUGCCUUCGGCUAUCUUCUCGCAACGGCAUUUGCACGGGCUCUGGUCAACACUACCGGGUACGGUUGGAGACCAUACUUUUGGUUUGCUGCUUGCCCACCGGUUCUGAUUAUUGCCCUACGACUCUAUCUUCCGGAGACCAUGGCCUUCCAGUCGAGGCAAGCGAUUCGAAAAGAGCAAGGCAACCUGGCUGGGAUAUUUAUUGCCGAAGGGAGAGUUGCUAUAAGGCGCCAUUGGCUUUUGCUCGUCUACCUGGUUAUGUUAACAACUGGCUUAAACUUCAUGGCUCACGGCACCCAGGACUUGUAUCCUACGCUACUGGAGAAAGACUUCGGCUUUUCAACAAAUGCUGUCACGGUCACCCAGGUAGUCGCUAAUCUUGGUGCUAUUUCUGGAGGAACAACGGUUGGGUACUUUUCGCAAUUUUUGGGUCGAAGGCUCAGCAUGCUCAUCGUGUGCGUUAUUGGCGGAGCCCUCAUCUACCCUUAUACAUACGUGAGAACGGAAGCCGUGAUGGCGGCGGCUUUUUUCCAGCAAUUUUGUAUCCAAGGUGCUUGGAGUGUGAUACCUAUUUAUGUUAUGGAGCUUUCUCCAGGCUCUUUCCAGACUUUCAUGCUUGGUACAGCCUACCAAAUGGGCAAUCUUGCUUCGUCCGCGUCUUCAACGAUUGAAUCGACCGUUGGCGAAAACUACCCACUGCCACCGCUUGUGGGCACGGACGGUACUAUUACUGAGCGGUACAACUAUGGAAAAGUCAUUUGUAUCUUCAUGGGAGCAGUUUAUGCUUACAAUGUCCUCAUUAUCCUCAUUGGACCAGAGAAACGGGGCCAUGAUCUGAAUAAUGUCGAGCACGACACAGAAAUGAUGGAGGCGAUAAACAAGGCCCAAAGGAUUAACUAG